GGGACCCGCAGCCUGCGAGCCAGGUGCGGACGCGGCGGCGCCUGGCGAUCGGCCCCGCGCCGGGGCACCCUCAGUUCGAGCGGAUGGCGACUGCAGCCAGCCGGCGCUUCUGCGGGAGGAAGUGUCUCGACUCCAGGAAGAAGUUCACCUUCUCCGGCAGAUGAAGGAGAUGUUGAUGAAGGACCUGGAGGAGUCCCAGGGUGGCAAGUCCUCCGAGGUCCUCUCGGCCACCGAGCUCAGGGUCCAGCUGGCCCAGAAGGAGCAGGAGCUAGCCAGAGCCAAAGAAGCAUUGCAGGCCAUGAAAGCCGACCGCAAGCGCCUGAAGGGUGAGAAGACGGACCUGGUGAGCCAGAUGCAGCAGCUGUACGCCACGCUGGAGAGCCGCGAGGAGCAGCUCCGGGACUUCAUCCGCAACUACGAGCAGCACCGCAAGGAAAGCGAGGACGCCGUCAAAGCCCUGGCCAAAGAGAAGGACCUGCUGGAGCGCGAGAAGUGGGAGCUGCGGCGCCAAGCCAAGGAGGCCACGGACCACGCCACGGCGCUGCGCUCCCAGCUGGACCUCAAGGACAACCGGAUGAAGGAGCUGGAGGCCGAGCUGGCCAUGGCCAAGCAGUCCUUAGCCACGCUGACCAAGGACGUCCCCAAGCGGCAUUCACUCGCCAUGCCUGGCGAGACGGUGCUGAACGGCAACCAGGAGUGGGUGGUGCAGGCGGACCUCCCGCUGACCGCGGCCAUCCGGCAGAGCCAGCAGACUCUCUACCACUCGCACCCCCCUCACCCCGCAGACCGGCAAGCGGUCAGGGUGAGCCCCUGCCACUCCCGGCAGCCCUCUGUCAUCUCCGACGCCUCUGCGGCUGAAGGCGACCGGUCGUCCACGCCAAGCGACAUCCACUCCCCUCGACACCGGACGCACUCCCUCUGCAACGGCGACAGUCCCGGCCCGGUUCAGAAGAACCUGCACAACCCC